AUGCCUAGUGAGCGUGCCCCUCAGCGAAAAACCAAAGCUAAAGUUCCAAAACCGCCACGCGGUUCUGGCCUCAAUCCAUCUGGCGAACCAGCAACUGGCCAACUUCACAUUCCUACUGAGCAACCACGUAUGUCUCAGUUCAACUUCGAUGUGCAUGCGGCCAGUGGAGGAGUUCCUACUCCCAUAUCAAGUGUGAGCACGUCAUUAUAUGGCUGGAGUAUGCAGGAUGCUGACUUCGACGGCCGCUUCCCUCACGGCCAAUACUACGGCCCUUCGUCCUCGGAGGGCCUCCAGGGCUCUUCUUUCGAACCCUUACCUCAAGGAUCCAGCCACAACUUUCCUUUAAGUACCCCCCUCCAAGGUACUGGUACCAGCACGAGCGCGUCAGAGAUGACGCUGAUCCAACGAUGGGCCCGCCAAGGGAAACAACGAGGCGAACCCGACGAGCGAUGCCACCUACGCCACGGCAAUUCCGAAUCUCUGCCAUCUGCAGUCGAAGAUUCAACUUCGCAAUCCGAAACGUCAUCAACGCCUCAACCCACGCGCAUCAAACUAUCGGAUGACAUCAUUGGCCAGUCCAUGAAAACGGCAACGCAAUUGGUCACGCGCGAAUUAUUUGGAGAACAGGCGAUGGCGGUUGACAAAGCUGCCAAGAAAAUCAUGCUGAACAAGGUUAUCUGGGACUCAGUACCACGUUGUUUUGCGCCUAAUGCAACAUUUGAGAAUUUUAUCUCGAGUAAACAUCGUAAGGAUGUUGCGAAUGCGUUGUCGUCAACUCGUGGCAAAUUCGCUGAAUUCGCGCGCAAGGGCGUCUUCCAUGCGUAUCGGCUUUUCCCUCCACUGCAUAUUGCCGCACCCGCCGUCACCUAUCGCAAACGCUUGAUCGAAAAGAUCGCACGGGAUGGUGAUGGACUCGUUUUCAUGCACGUUUAUAGCUUCGACCAAGUCGAAAUCAGGGCUAAAUUCCAGAACUCAUUCAUCAUGUCCAACGUUAUCCGUUUUGUUUGGCAUGGGUCGCACCAAGAGUUCCUCGGCGAGACUGAGGAACAACAAAUCGAAAAUCUGAAGUUCAUGUGGGCGCUCGCCGGCGCAGCGACAUUCGGCAGCCUCGAUGAACAGUUCGAAGUUAAGGUGAAAGUGGAUGGUUUCGGAGGAAUGGGACCCAAUCGCAAGUUUCUAUAUAUCCUCAGUGCGAUGAACAACCUUUCCGGGGACGAGCGAGUACAGUUUCACAACUUUUUGCGGUACAUGUUAGUGAUUGGACCGUCGCAGGCACCCUCGUAG